AUGGUCUCCUCCAGCAGAGCCUGGCUCGGUUCGGUUGGAGAGCCUGCUGCUACAGUGACACCAGUGGUUUCAGAAAGUGGCUCAGAGGGACUUGAGCCUUUGGACUCGUCCUGCCUGGGCUUCUCCGAGAGCGGUAGAAAGAAUGAUGCAGCUGAUGUGGAGCAGGACGACUGUGGACUGGUGGAGGCAGCUGUGGAGCCAGUCACUGUCCAAGUCCAAGCUCAGAGCCCAUUCCUGCCCUCCAAGACUGAUAGCACCUCCUUUCGCAGGCUGCUGUCUCCUUCCUAUUUUGUGACUGACCAGAAAGUAAAAUAUUCCAGACGAACCAAGAAGGAAUCAACAUCGUUUGUGGAAAACAUAUUCAACGGACACCUGGCUCCUGCAAACCUCCUUCCUUUCCCCUCAGGUAAGCCCCAGCAAAGGUUUCCCUCCUACCGGACCCACCCGAGAAAGAGUCUGGCAGGAGGGCUGUGCUCGCUCUGUUUGUGCUUGAAUGCUGGGCAGGAAGUCAACGACGCAGCUGCAAACGAAGAACUGGGUAGCAUUGAGCAGGACACCAUAGAGGGGCUCAAGUCGAUGGGCUGCUUUGGGCUGCAGGUGCCUGAGGAGCUGGGGGGCAUCGGGCUGACCAACACCCAGUAUGCUCGCAUGGUGGAAGUGGUUGGGAUGCACGAUCUAGGCGUAGGCAUCACCCUUGGCGCCCACCAGUCUAUUGGCUUCAAGGGCAUCCUUCUCUUCGGAACCAAGAGCCAAAAGGAGAAAUACCUCCCCAAGCUGGCAUCUGGUGAAGUAUAUGCGGCCUUCUGCCUGACCGAACCGUCGAGUGGCUCAGACGCGGCCUCCAUCAAGACGGCGGCAGAGCUCAGUCCCUGCGGGCGCUUCUACACCCUCAAUGGGAGCAAGAUCUGGAUCAGCAACGGUGGCACAGCUGAGAUUUUCACCGUGUUUGCCAAGACUCGCAUCAAGAACGUCACCACAGGCGAGGAAAAUGACAAGAUCUCGGCCUUCAUAGUGGAGCGAGCCUUUGGGGGUGUCAGCAGUGGCCCUCCGGAGCAGAAGAUGGGGAUCAAGUGCUCCAACACAGCAGAGGUCUACUUUGAGGACGUGAAGGUGCCAGUGGAGAACCUGCUGGGGGGGCUCGGCAAAGGCUUCCAUGUGGCCAUGCACAUCCUGAACAACGGCCGCUUUGGCAUGGCUUCGGCGCUGGCCGGCACCAUGCGUGGAGUCCUCCUCAAGGCGGUGGACCACGCAGCAAACAGGCAGCAGUUUGGGAGAGCCAUCAGCCAAUUUGGCGCCAUUCAGGAGAAACUGGCACACAUGGCGAUGUUGCUGUACGUGACUGAGGCUAUGGCCUACGUGCUGAGCGCCAACAUGGACAUGAAGGUGCCCGACUACAAGCUGGAGGCCGCCAUCAGCAAGAUCUUUGCUUCUGAGGCAGCCUGGACUGUGACGGAUGAGGGCAUCCAGAUACUGGGUGGGAUGGGGUACAUGAAGGAGACAGGAGUGGAGAAGGUCCUGCGCGACUUGAGGAUCUUCCGCAUUUUUGAGGGCACCAACGACAUCCUCCGGUUGUUCGUGGCACUGUCAGGCAUUGAGUAUGCCAGUGGGACCCUGAGGAGCCUGCAGAAGGACCUUUCUGACCCCCUGGGGAACAUUGGGACCAUCCGCAAGGAGAUGGUGAUGCGAAUGAAACGCAAAGUCGGGAUCCCCAGUGGCCAGACGCUGCAGGGCCUUGUGCACCCGGAGCUGGACGACUGUGCUGCUCUGGUCACCCAGGCUGUCGAGAUGUUUGGAGAAGCCAUCGAAAGUCUGCUCCUGAAGUACGGCGCAGCAGUGACCGACAAGCAGUUCCACCUGAGGCGUGUGGCAGAUGCAGCCAUCGACACCUACGCCAUGGCCGUGGCUUUGUCCAGGGCCAGCCGCGCACUCUCCCUGGGACAGCCCACUGCUCAACACGAGAAGCUCCUGUGCCAGACGUGGUGCCAGCAGGCAUUCCAGCGAGUGCGCGCAUCUCUGCGGGAAGCCAAAUCUGCCAGUUGGGAAGAGGUCUUCACCAGCAUGAAGCUGAUCUCAGACACCUUGGUGCGGGACAAGAGCACCGUGGCCACCCAUCCACUGGGCUUUUAAAACGGGAAUUGUGUUUUGCCUGGAGCCAGAUAAAUGGCUAUACUAGCUUUCUACUAAAGUCGCCUUCACAUGA